GUUUGCUGUCUGUUUAUAUAGAGUUUAGUGUUUGUUUACACGAAAAACACAAAAGUAUGAAAUAAAUAAAGGAUUGUAAACUAUUACAUUAAUAUUCAUUGGUUCCAAUUAUUACAUUGGAAUGUAAUAUAAUUUAUUAAACCACUAAUCUGGAGGUCAAAAGGUGCAUGGGCUGUUAAGUUGGAGUUUGAUUUAUAGAGAUCAGAUAAAUAAAAUUUGAACUAUGCAGAUCCCAGUUUAAAGUGUAGAGUUUGAGAGAACGGAGAUCAAAGACACAUCGUGGGGACAUCAAUAAGAGCAUGUGUUGCUAGAUAAGCCCAGUAUUCGUUCAACUGCAUCAUUUAACAAGUCCUACAAAAAAGAUUAAUAGAUAAAGAUGUGUUGCUAGAUAAGCCCAGUAUUCGGUCAACUGCAUCAUUUAACAAGUCCUACAGAAAAGAUUUAUAAAUAAAGAUGUGUUGCUAGAUAAGCCCAGUAUUCGUGCAACUGCAUCAUUUAACAAGUCCUACAAAAAAGAUUUAUAAAUAAAGAUGUGUUGCUAGAUAAGCCCAGUAUUCGUUCAACUGCAUCAUUUAACAAGUCCUACAGAAAAGAUUUAUAAAUAAAGAUGUGUUGCUAGAUAAGCCCAGUAUUUGUUCAACUGCAUCAUUUAACAAGUCCUACAAAAAAGAUUAAUAGAUAAAGGUACAAGGCUUAUUGAUUCGUCGACCCUUCUGAUUAUUAUGGUAUUAUAAGAUUAUCUAAUAAGUUUCACAAAGACAGAAAUUGGAAAAUUACAAAUGUUAAAACACACUAAAAAGCCUCUGCUUAAGUGUCCAAUAUGUGGGGAAAACUUUUUAACUCAGUUAAGAAUGAAAGUUCAUAUAUUGUAUCACACAGGCGAGCGCCCUUUUAAAUGUUUGAUGUGUGACAAAACCUUUACCACCCAUUAUAAGGUAAAGAGUCAUUUGUUGACACACACAGGGAAGAAACCUUAUAAGUGCACUACCUGUGGAAAAUCAUUUUCAUACAAACAACAUUUGAUGUCACAUACGUUGUCAGUUCAUACAGAAGAGAAACCUUAUAAGUGUACUAAAUGUGGAAAAUCCUUUCCAUCAACACUCAUUUAUAACAGACAUGUAUUAAUACAUAGCAAUGUGCGUCCUCAUAAGUGCAACUCAUGUGGAAAAUCCUUUUCAAGUAAAUACAAUUUGAAGUCACAUACAUUGUCAAUUCAUACAGAAGAGAAACCUUAUAAGUGUACAACAUGUGGAAAAUCCUUUAAACACAAACACGGUUUGAAGAAACGCAAAAACCAUUUGAAGUUACAUACAUUGUCAAUUCAUACAGAAGAGAAACCUUAU